GGCAUCAUCUCAUAAUAAUAUUAAAUUUGAUGACUUUAGUGACAUUUUGGAAUGCAAGAUAUGUCUCAAAACAUUAGAAGAUCCAAAAGUACUACAAUGCCAGCAUUCAUUCUGUUUAACUUGCUUAAAAGCAUUAGUUGAAAAGAAAAAGCCAGCAAAACAAAUACCAUGUCCUGUCUGUCGAGAGAUUUGGGAUAUUACGAUCAUAGGACCUCAGGAUCUAAGGACAAGCUUUUUAGUGAACAAAUUAAUGGACAUAUUGAUAAAAUGCCAAGUGUAUCACACCAGACCCCAAGAUCAAAAAACAAUUCAAAAACUUCAAAAAAUAGAAGGUACCAACCAAUGGACCAAUGACUUGAUUGUAAUAAAUACCUCAAAACUUGUUGCCGUCAGACCAAAUUGCAUCCAAUUCUACGAAGAUUCUUUUCUGAUCAACACUAUUCAAGGAGAAUACAGAGGAACAAAAAUAUGCGACAAUAACCUUGCUUUUGCUAAAGUUGGCAUGGAUACAAUCAGCAUUUAUGACUUGGAUGGAAACCAUUUGCGUGAUAUCAAAACACCCUGCAAAAGGCUAUGCGCAAUUGCCUUUAAUACUAAAAAAGAGUUUGUGGUAAGUGACAUAGAAACUAAAUCUAUAUUCCAUCUUGAUUAUCAGAAUGGGAGGAAGAUAGCAUGUACUGAAGGCAAUGCAAAAUUUGGAUACCCUCAGCAUAUUGCUGUGGAUGCAAAUGAUAAUAUUGCUGUAUCUGAUUGGAAGCUUGAUAGAAUCCAAGUGGUUAAUAGAGAUGGCAAUUUACAGAUGCAGUAUGGG